AUGAAUGCGCAUAUAAUGAAAAAAUGGCAACAGUUGAUCGGAUCGAAAGUUAUUGCCACAUUAUUGUGGGUGGGUGGAAGAAAUUAUUUUCGUCAUCCACCUGUGCUACUUGUUGCAAUACCAAUUGCCAAAACUGAUUUGAAUGUGGCAGGUGGUGUUGAAGUUGUUGAAGGUUGUGGUGCCAACAACAACAACAACAACAAAAACAACUACAAAAACAACAACUACAGCAGAAACAACAACCACAGCAGAAACAACAACUACAAAAACAACAACUACAGCAGAAACAACAACUACAACCAAACUACAGCCAAACAACAGCAGUUUUUUGAGUCUUCCAUAUUUUUUAAUCGCAGCAUUUUUGGAACGGAGAUGUUUUUUGGCGAGUGCGUUCAUGAUGAAGAUGAGGGAGAUGGUGAGGAAGAUGAAGAAGAUGUAGAAGGUGAGGAAGAUGGUGGAGAUGGAGAAGAUGAAGAUGAGGUAGAUGGUGAAGAAGAAGAUGAGGUAGAUGGUGAAGAUGAGGUAGAUAGUGAAGAUGAGGCAGAUGUGGCAGAUGGUGAAGAUGAGCCUGAACUUUUCCAUGAAAGUGACCACAACAACAACAACCACAACUACGACAACAACCACAACUACAACAACUACUACAACUACAACAACUACUACAACUACAACAACUACUACAACUACAACAACUACUACAACUGCAACGACAACACAACAACAGCUGCAACAACGACAACAAACAAACGAAAUGGAAUAAAAAAUAAUCAUUACCGUUAA